AUGGCCAGUGCUCGUUUCCCAACCGAUGGCUUUCUCAUCGGUAUUCUUCAAGAUAUCGAAGCUGAUGUUGCAAACAUUGACUGUAUGGAGGAUAUCACUAUCGAUCUCAUCCAGUCUCUUCGAUCCCGUAUUUCACGCCCGCUCGCUAUUCCAGGAUUUCCAAUUAGUCUGAGCAAAUAUCAGGAAUGGGAAAAGAAACAGCCGCAGGAAAGCUUGCAAGGAGUGGAAUAUGAUUCUCGUCAAGCCUGUUUACUACUCCGGCCGCACCUAACCCACCCAUCACUCGAGGCUUUCGGGGCUAUUGUUCACUGGAUUCGUACUCUUGUAAAGGGCCUUGGUAAUGAUAAUCCAAAUGGAUGGUCCUUACAGCAUGAUAGCGGUAAGAUUAUCGCCCGGCAACAAUUUCAUGUCGACGUGAUACUGACCAAAGCCAUAGCCUACCUUCUCACUGGCCAUUACGACGGCAUUGUUAAACGACCCCUAGCUGGGCUGAUCAGUUCUAGGAACAUUCGUCCUUCAGUCAUAGUGCACGCUAGUGCCAAGGAGACACGUAUGGAGUUGCUCGACAAUGUCAAGCAAUGGUUAUACGGUAGCAAUGGACGUGUGAAGCUCGUGAUUCUUGUUGAAGCUGAUGAGGUUGACGGCCCAAAUGUGAAGGAGCUGUGGACAAAUGGUAUCGACUGCAGAUUGUUUGAAAGCUCUGAUCAAGUCGCUACCCAAAUCUUCCAAAUAGAAAAGACAGAACUGAAUCCUUCUGUUAUGGGCGAAAUCUUGACAUCGGUAUGGUUGAUAAAUCGAGAGAACUGUCGCGAAAACGCUUCUGAUCUUCCUUGUCCAUCUUAUACAUUGAAAUGCGGUCUUUGGCGCGUUUCACAUGAUGGUUCUGUGUCGAAAACUUUCACAGGGGUCGCCCCCUUUGUGGAUUCGAAGUUUUCCAUGCAUCUGCAAGGGAUAAGUCUGUCGUUUCCUUUUCAUAUUUUCGGCGACUAUGUUCAUAAAGGUGUUAUGGAGUUUCUCCAGAAACGUGCCGGUGCAAUCGCAGAUUAUCUCUGGACGGACUACGAACAAAAGAUCGUACAUGAAAGUAUAAUCAGGGCAGGGUAUGGACCCGGAGAUCUUAUACAAGAGCCCUACCCUCUUCCAUAUUGUUAG